AUGGCCUCCAUGGCCUCCAUGACCAUGUCGCUAGUCGCGCGUGGCAUUUAUUCAGAUACCCCACCAGCCAUGCAGACCAGAGCCGAGAUGAAUCCGACACUUAUGAUGAGCUGGUGGGCUACUGUAUUCUCCCUGAUUAUCAUCGUCAUACGCUUAUUUGGUCGUUAUGUUCGUGUUGAACGCUUUUUCAUCGAGGACAAAGUCAUGAUGGCCAGCGUCUUUCCCCUAUUGAUUCGCAUGAUCCUUGUGCAUUUUGUUCUCAUAUUGGGGACCAACAAUACCACCAUCACAGGCUUGACAGAGAAGGAGAUAUCAAAUAGAGAGCUGGGUAGUAAACUGGUUCUUGCUGCGCGUAUAUUUUACGCCAUCUUCAUCUGGACAGCCAAAGUGACCGUGUGCGAAUUCCUAAAGCGAGUCACAGGUCUUACCUGGCGCCGCUCAACAACUUUCUUCCUCCGCUUCAUCUCCUUCUUUCUCUUCUCCACCUUGGUAGCUGUGGUCAUCGCAACCCUAUCAGAAUGUCAACCCUUCGACCACUACUGGCAGGUCGUCCCAGACCCAGGCCCAUCCUGCCGCAGCGGCUACAUCAACCUAAUCACAAUGGGAACCUGUGAUGUGAUAACCGACCUCUUACUCAUUGCCAUUCCUGUACCCAUAAUCCUCAUGGCCCAAAUGCCUCUGAAGCGCAGACUCGCCCUAUCAAUCCUCUUCUGCCUAUCUUUGAUACUAGUCGCCAUAACCUCCUACCGCGUCCCCUCCGUAAUCCAACACAACGGCUCCCAACAAUACCGCUCCCUCAUCGCCUCCUUCGAAAUCCUCGCCGCAACAGCAGUCUCAAACGUCCUAGUCAUAGGUUCCUUCGUCCGAGACCGCGGCGUCAAGAAACUAAAAUACAAACGCGCCCAAGGCUCAGCCUCCGUCUCAGAAAGCAUGGACAAAUCCUUCGUCCGCAGGAACACCGUCAUGCAAAACCAAUGGGGCUCAGACUCCGAACUCGCAACGGGUCUAUGCAUCCGUCUCGAUCCAGAUAUCUACACCAUCCCCGGAUCCUCAGACGGAACACGUCUACCUAAAGCACCAAUCGCUCCAUCUCAAGUCCCACUAGCAGUGGCACGAACAGGAUCCAUCGAUCCAACAUGGUCAUUUACAACCCGUCGUUCAGCAGACGACGACCACACCUCCACAACAGAUAGUCUCGAACCCAAAAUCUCACCACGCGAGUAUCUACGCACAAACCAAUCCCCACGUCAGGUCUCGCCGACAUCAGAGACACCACGUCGCGUCUCAUUCUCAGAUGUCGGCGGUUUAUUGACAAGAGCACUACCGGAGUCUGGAUCUGGUCAUGUGCGCGCCCAGACUUGUCUGUCAUCGCCUGUAGAAACCACGGAGCGUCGGAGAAGUGGCGGGAGUAGGGCCUUUUUACAAGAUCUAGGGAUUUUUGGACCGCGAGCGACAUUUACAGCUCGGCCGCCGCUUUCUGCACCUCCAGAUCUGCCGUUUCCUGCGGCUGCUUUUGGUUCUCGUUUGGUUUCGGUGUCUGGUUCUUCGGAUUUAACUCUCGAUACUAAUGUCGAGCUUCAUGAUGUUGGUGGGUUGUUACGACAUGAUCAUUAA